AUGACUGCCGAAUACUUUUUGAAGGCCUUCAAGAUAUUUGUAUCGAGGAGAGGUGUGCCAGGAACAGUAUACUCUGAUAAUUUCCGCACCUUCAAGAGUGUGUCCCGUGAACUUUCCGUAAGCCAGCUGUCGCAGGAUCCAGAUGUGAACGGGUUCCUUACGGUACAUCGGAUCAGCUGGAAGUUUAUCGUUGAGCGCGCUGCCUGGUGGGGAGGCUUUUGGGAACGCCUAAUAAAAAGCGCCAAGGUGUGUCUACGGAAGAUACUGGGAAAAAGCACCCUAACGUACAACGAGCUUGCCACUGUUGUCACGGAGGUGGAAGCCGUUCUGAAUUCACGGCCCUUGACUUAUGUUUACAAGGAUCCAGACGAUCUCUCCGUGCUCACGCCUGGGCACUUCCUGGUUGGUAAACGUAUUACAGCCCUUCCCUACGAGCCUGCAGUCGAGCUGCGUUCGACGUCAAACCAGCUGAGGCGACGAUGGAAGUACCGCGAGCGCUUGAUGGAGUCGUUUUGGACUAGAUGGACCAAGGAGUAUAUCCUGUACCUGAGAUCCGCGAACAUACGCAGGCCACUUUCAUCGUGCAGCGUCAAGACAGGAGACAUCGUUCUCAUAGCCAAGGAGAAUGCGCCUCGGGUGUCUUGGCCCCUUGGCCGCGUUGAAAGUACACGAGAGAGCGCCGAUGGCCGCAUCCGAUCUUGUCACGUCAGGAUAUCGGGGGGCAAAGUUAUCUGUAGACCAAUUCAACUGGUACACAAGUUAGAGGCAGACGAAGAUUAA